AGAUAAAACAAAAUGGCGUUUGACGGAGACGUUAUUGUGUUUAUAGUAGUUCAGUGUUCCUAAUCAGUACGUACAUGCACACAUGUGUGUCGUUUAAUAUAGUAAAACGUCGUUAAUAAUUGUUUGUAUCCGGAUACAUUAGUCUGAGCGCACUUUGAAGCUCCUCCCGCUACCUUAGCUCGCUAGUUAGCUUAGCUUAUUAGCUGCUAACAAAGAGAGGCGGAAGUGAUCAAAACACAUCGCUAAGCAGAGAUCAAGUGUGAGUGUAAAGUGCUGUGAUUGUGUGAAAAUGUGCGAAAGAACGAUAGCAGAGUACGAGGAGGAACUUUGUCCAACAAAAGAGGAGAAGGAGCGACAACAUCAACUCCUGGACGCUGUUCUCAAGAAACGUCAAGUUGUGUUACACAGAACAGACGUCCAGCAGCCGCCCCACAUUAAAGAGGAAGAGGAGGAAGUGUGGAUCACUCAGGAGGAAGAGUGUCUUCUAGGGCAGGAGGAGGCUGAUCUCACCAAGUUUCCACUGAAUGUUGUCUCUGUGAAGACUGAAGAGCAUGAAGACAAACCACCUGAGUCCUCACAGCUUCAUCACAGUCCAAACGUCCAGCAGCUGGUUAGACUUCCUCAUUCACAGGGUGUCAACUCCAUUUUGAAGCAGGAGGAUCCACAGCCCCCCCACUAUAAAGAGGAAGAAGAGGAAGUGUGGAUCACUCAGGCAGGAGAGUGUCUUCUAGGGCAGGAGGAGGCUGAUCUCACCAAGUUUCCACUGACUGUUGUCUCUGUGAAGUCUGAAGACCAUGAAGACAAACCACCUGAGUCCUCACAGCUUCAUCACAGUCCAAGUGGGGAGAACAGAGCUGUGGAACCUUCAAGAAGCAGCUCACCACAACACAUGACGGCAGAAGCUGAUGGAGACCACUGUGGAGGAUCACAAGCAGACAACCUCUUAGCUCCACUAUCAGAUAGUGACGACACAACGUCACCCGUUAAUGUAAAUAUGGAAUCGCAUACAAGAACACACACUGAAGAAAAACCCUUUUGUUGUUCAGUUUGCACAAAAGAGUUUAUUAAAAGCUCUCAUUUGACUCGACACAUGCGGACACACACAGGAGAAAAACCUUUCAGUUGUUCAAUUUGCGAUAAAAGAUUCUCCAUCAAAACAAACAUGCAAAUACACAUGAGAACACACACGGGAGAAAAACCUUUCUGUUGCCCAAAUUGCGGCAAAAGAUUUUCUCAAAAUGGAGCGAUGCUGUCACAUAUGAGGACACACACAGGUGAAAAACCUUUCAGUUGUUCAGUUUGUGGUAAGAGAUUCUUUGACAAAAGUAAAAUGCAAACACACAUGAGAACGCACACGGUAGAAAAGCCUUUCAGUUGUUCAGUUUGCGCCAAAGGCUUUGUGAGAAACUCUGAUUUAACUCAACACAUGCGAACGCACACAGGAGAAAAACCUUUCAAUUGCUUGAACUGCAGCAAAACGUUCUCUCAAAAGGGAUCGUUGCUGUUACAUAUGAGUACACACUCAGGAGAUAAACCUUUCAGUUGUUCGGUUUGCGGAAAAAGAUUCUCUAACAAAAAUAAUAUGCAAAAACACAUGAAAACACACACCGGAGAAACCCCCUAUAGUUGUUCCGUUUGUGCCAAAGGCUUUGUUAGAAACUUUAAUUUGACUCAACACAUGAGAAAACACACAGGAGAGAAACAAUUCAGUUGUUCAGUUUGUGGUAAAAGUUUCUCUGACAAGCAUAACAUUCAGUCACACAUGAGAACGCACACGGGGGAAAAACCUAUCAGUUGCUCAGUGUGCGGUAAAAGAUUCUCUGACAAGCGUAAUAUCCAGAGACACAUGAGAACGCACACGGGAGAAAAACCUUUCAGUUGUUCGGUGUGUGGCAAAAGUUUAUCUAACAAACAGAACAUGCAAAAACACAUGGAAACACACACAGGAGAAUAACCUUUCCUUUUUGGAAGUUGAAUGGACCUAAUAGUCACAAAAUAGUCAUUACUGCAGGGCUUCUAAAAAGUCCGGACGAGGAAGCUACGCCACUUUUAUUCUUCUCUUAAUACAGCAUGUCAUAGAACGCAUGUAAACAUAGCCAUACCCACUGUGGAAAUGUAAACUAAAUGCUUACUGUUGUGUUCUCUUGUAUCACUUCCUAUUGUGUGUAUCAACCCACCCCUCCUUUCUUCUUUUUUAUUGACUUUAUUAAUUUUUUUCUCCUUUUUCUAUUCGUCUAUCUGUCAUAUAGCUCUGUCGUCCUCCGCAUUUACCACAAUUAAAUUACACUCGCUCAAAAUGUAUUAUAUAAGCAAACACCCCUCACCCAAAUACUCCCUAAUUAUAUUCUUGUUAGAGAUUUGUAGUACUUAUACACAUAGUGCACAUUUGUGCUCACACGCACACACACACACACACACAAACACACACACGUUUGGGUGGUGUUAGAUCCAGGGAAAAAACGUUACACUCCAUGUUUCCAUUACUGACUUAGAGGGCAAAUACGUAAUUCUUUAUUUUUCUCUGGCAGACUGCUAAAGUAGUCACGCGGGGGGAAAAAAUAUUUCCUAUUCAGAAGGAGAUAUUAUUAGAACUGGAUCUGGAGAACAAAAUCAGACUUGUAGAAAUAGCUUGUGCUAACUGACAAGACAAACACAAUUUGAGUAAAUGAAGAAAAUGCUGUUGCAGCUACCGGGCGUCCACAGCUGUCGCUGUUUAAUAACAGCAGUGGGGUCUUUAACGCACGCCAAGGACUCCACGGGAGAAAAUGAGUCGAUGCCGCCCGGCGAUGGGGUCGGCGUGAUAAUGGAGCUCUGUGCGCAGACACAACGGCCUCUGGCGUUGGCGGUUGCCUCUUCGCGGGGCUUCCAGACAAGCCUCUGUUGCGGUCAAAGUUCUAGAUUUGAUAUGCAACAGCAGCCUGCUUUUUUUAAAAGGGAUUAAUUGUGCAGCGUAGCAUAGCCCUCACUCUACAUGUCAAAAUAUCCCAGCCAAAACGAGCAUCUUGCUGCGUCAUCCUGGCGCCGUUGUCAGGUCAGCUUUAGUCGGUCCCGAUCCAUCUGCGGUCCCCUCCAAGGUUUCUCAUUGUCAUCCCAUUGGGUUGAGUUUUUUUCUUGCCCUGAUGUGGGAUCUGAGCCGAGGAUGUCGUUGUGGCUUGUGCAGCCCUUUGAGACGCUCGCGAUUUAGGGCUAUAUAAGUAAACAUUGAUUGUCUGUAGCGAGCAGGGGCGUGUCCUGGCAUGCUGCCAACAAAUAUGCUGGCAGAACUUGCUGCCGCGCCGUGACACGAAUAACACAAAAUUGCCAUGAGGGCGGUUUUUUCUUUUUCUUUAAAACUGUCGUCGAUCCAAAAAAUAGGGAUUCAAGUGUUGAAAUUAAAAAUAGUAAACACUUUUAUGAGCAGGGACCUUUUGGGUCUUCAGGACCUCUAGUCGGAUUUUUUUGUUACUGUCAUUGUUCAAAAAAAUAAUGAUUUGAAAAACAAUCCAAUCCAAUCCACUUUAUUUAUAUAGCACAUUUACACAACAAGAAUGUUUCCAAAGUGCUGCACAGCCACGUUAAAAACAAUAUUAAAAACAAUAUUAUGCCACACCAAUGACUGAAUAAAAACAAAGACUAAAUAAAUAGAAAACCAAUACAAAAACAAUAUAAAAAAUAAAUAUGAAUGAAAACAAUGUUGUUAUGAAUUCGUUACUUAUUUUGCUUCACAUCAAAUAAUCCAUUUUGAAAAAAGUUGUGGGGGAAAUAUUGCAUAUUUUGUGCUUUUUGCCA